CUCUCUCUCUCUCACACACACACACACACACACACACACACACACACGGAGACGCGGACACCUGCGGGACGACGAUGUCCUCCCCCGGCGCCUCCUCGAACCCGCUGGCGCCCAAGCGGAAGACCAAGAAGAAGCACUUCGUGCAGCAGAAGGUGGAGGUUUUCCGAGGCAGUGACCCCGUGCUGAGCGUGCUGAUGUGGGGGGUCAAUCAUUCGAUCAACGACCUGAGCCAGGUGCCGGUACCUGUCAUGCUGCUUCCAGAUGACUUCAAAGCCAGCACCAAGAUCAAAGUGUGCAACCACCUCUUCAACAAGGAGAACCUUCCCGGACAGUUCAAAUUCAAAGAGUACUGUCCACAGGUGUUCAGGAACCUGCGGGAGCGCUUCGGCAUCGACGACGCCGACUACCAGGUGAACCCGCGGCGCGUUCACGUGCAGACACGUUUUCUGCAACCAACAGGGUUGCUGGCGAAAGAGCAGACCAAUCCGGGCUUCUCCUUUUCCAGAUUUGCAUGCUUUUGUGUGCGAUUUGCAUUGAGCAGCCGGCUCAGCGGCCGUUUGCUCGGCCGCCUGAUAGCGUCCCUUACAGCGUGCGCCGAUAAGCGUCCGGCUGCGGACAGCGAGCACAUGACGUCACAGGUGGAGCUCACGCGUCCUUCCGUUCGCCAACAGGUGUCUCUCGCCCGCAGUCCCCCGCUCAAAGACGGGGAGGGGCAGAGCGUGGGGCUGCUGCUCACGUCCUACGACCACACGCUGGUGGUGAAAGAGAUCUCCAGCGAGGAGGUGGAGGAAAUGCACAACAUCCUCUGCGAGUAUCACCAGCACAUCGCCACCUGCCACGGCAGCACGCUGCUGCCCCACUUCCUGGCCAUGUACCGGGUCACCGUGGAGAGCGAGGACACGUACCUGCUAGCCAUGAGGAACAUGUUCAGCCGCCGGCUGCACGUGCACAGGAAGUACGACCUCAAGGGGUCCCUGGUGUCCCGGGAAGCAAGUUUUAAAGAGAAGGUGAAGGAGCUGCCCACAUAUAAGGACACGGACUUCAGGAAUAAGAUGCAAAAGGUCUAUGUCAGCGGCGAGGAGAAGUCGAAGGUCAUGGAGAAGCUCAACAGGGACAUCGACUUCCUGGUGCGCAUGCGGAUCAUGGACUACAGCCUGCUGCUGGGCAUCCACGACGCCGAGCGGGCGGAGAGGGAGGCGGAGGACGAGAUGGAGCCGUUCACUGAGGAGGAGGAGGAGGAGGAGGAGAAUGGAGCCGCGGGCUCGCUCAGAGCGCCGGGUCCCGGGGAGGUUGACCCACACGUGGACGUGUACGCCGUCCAGAGCGCCGUAGGCGCCCCGCAGAGGGAGGUGUACUUCAUGGGCCUGAUUGACGUGCUGACUCAGUACGACACCAAGAAGAAAGCCGCGCACGCCGCCAGAGCCGUCAAACACGGGGGAGGAGGGGAGAUCUCCGCCGUUCCCCCGGAGCAGUACGCCAAGCGCUUCCUGGAGUUCGUCGCCAAGAUCUUCGCCUCAGACGCAGCAGCUGUUUAGAAGAACGAGGUCGAGGAACGAGGAGCACAUCUCGGUUAAUAUUCAAAUCAUACGCGUGCGCUCUGUUAGUGUUCACGGUGCUUUUAAUUGUGAAUUCAUUGAAUUUCCAGAUUGCAGGAAAGGUCUUCUUGGCAAAUGAAUAGAUCAUAUCAGACUAUUAUACAAGCAGAACUAGAAAUACAGCGUUGCUGGUAGAUAUGUGAGAUGAAUGAAGCAGCCGUAAACUGAUUCUUCUUAGCAUCACUGUGAGGGUGGAGAAGGUUAAGUAGCUCCAUCCAAGUGAUGACAAUCUGCAAGGUCAAAAAAAGAAAAUCUCUCAAGGAAUUAAAUAUCUAUAAUUAGUUAAUUUCCUGUCCACAGCAAAAUCUAAAAACUGGUGAAGUUUGAAGAUUUAUAAUGUCAUACUGCAUAAUUACUGUUUAGACUGUACUUUACCAGUGUUUAGCUGUAACAAUAAACACAUAUAAUAAAAACCACGCCGCAGCA